GGUUCAGGCGGAAACGUAAAACAAAAAUGGUAGGCCGUUUAACCUUUGUAGGUCCUUCUGAAGGUGAGCGUUUCUAUUUGCGAUUGUUGUUGCUAAAUGUCAAGAGUCCUAGGUCAUUUACAGACUUACGCAGAGUUCGCGGGCAUGUAUGUGCAAGCUUCAAGGAGGCGUGCCUUAAAGCAGGUAUCUUAGAAAUAGAUGAUGCUGCAAACAUUUGUUUAGCUGAAGCGACUAAAAUUCAGCUGCCAGUAGCUUUACGCCGUUUAUUUGCUACUGUGCUUAUAUUCUAUCAGCCAGAAAACCCUGAAGAACUAUGGUACAAAUACUAUGAUGCAUUGUCAGAAGAUUUUGCAAAAAAAAAAAUCCUGGUGCAGAAAGCAAAAUUAAAAAGCUCACAGUCAGAUCAAUUGAGCAGCAUCUAGAAGCUAUGGGAAAAUCAUUGGGUGAAUGUGGUUUGACUUCUUUAAGUGAUAGCACUGAUAGCAUGAUUGACAGAACAAAGGAUAUACAAGACGCGCUAGAUGCCCCAAUUCCUCAGAGCUGUAUAGACAGCCGCAGCCUCUUAAAUGCAGCUCAAAGGGAAGCAUUUACAUCUAUAAUGGAGCAUGUGAUAAAAGGAAAACCAGGAGCAUUUUUUGUAGAUGGUCCAGGUGGAACCGGUAAAACAUUCUUAUACAAUGCACUAUAUGCAGAGAUUCGCCUCAUGAAUAA